UGGUUGAACGUUGAGGACGUCAGCAGUACACACCGCCCUGUUUUUAAUUCCUGCCCUACUGCUUUCUUCUGUGUGGGGUGGUAAGAUCGCGCUGGUGUGCUGUAGUGAUGAUGCUUUGCUCGUGGUGCUGAGUUUUCUUCCUGCUCGCCCGCUUUCUCUCCCUGUAACACUCUGUCAUGGCGUCCUCCAAUAAUGUAACCCCCACUAACUGUACCUGGUGGCCAAUUUCUGCCAUAGACGAAGACGGGAAAACCGCAGACGAGGAGGGAAGUCAAGAACCAGCAAUAGACUGCAAACCCAUUUCAAAAGACAGGCUCGUUUUGUAUCACUGGACGCAAUCUUUUAGCUCACAAAAGGUCCGUCUGGUUAUUAAUGAAAAGGGCCUGGUGUGUGAUGAGAGGGAUGUCAGCCUGCCUCUGACAGAGCACAAAGAGCCCUGGUUUAUGAGGCUCAAUCUAGGGGAGGAGGUACCGGUCUUCAUCCACGGCGACACCAUUGUCAGUGACUACAACCAGAUUAUUGAUUACUUAGAGAAAAACUUUGUGGGAGAGAAUGUGGCUCAGCUGAUACCUGAAUCUGGGACUCCUCUUUAUGCCAGAGUGCAGCAGUACCGAGAGCUUCUAGAUGGUUUGCCAAUGGACGCCUAUACCCACGGCUGCAUCCUCCAUCCAGAGCUAACCACCGACUCCAUGAUCCCAAAGUACGCCACCACUGAAAUACGUAGACACUUGGCCAACGCUGCCUCAGAACUGAUGAAACUGGACCACGAGGAACCUCAGCUGACAGAGCCAUAUCUAUCAAAGCAGAAAAAACUCAUGGCCAAGAUUCUGGACCAUGACAAUGUGACCUACCUGAAGAAAAUCCUCAGUGAACUUGGGAUGGUGUUGGAUCAAGUGGAGGCUGAGCUGGAGAAGAGGAAGUUGGAAUAUGAAGGUCAGAAGUGUGAGCUGUGGCUGUGUGGACCUGAUUUCACCUUAGCUGAUAUCUCACUGGGGGCCACUUUACACCGCCUCAAAUUCCUGGGACUGUCAAAAAAAUACUGGGAGGAUGGAAGCCGGCCCAAUUUGCAAUCUUUCUUUGAGCGCGUGCUGAAACGCUUCGCCUUUCGGAAGGUCCUGGGAGACAUCCACACCACGCUUCUCUCUGCAGUUUUACCAAACGCAUUUCGAAUGGUAAAGAGAAAGCCCCCGUCUUUCUUUGGCGCCUCGUUUCUAAUGGGUUCCCUCGGCGGGAUGGGAUAUUUUGCCUAUUGGUAUUUAAAAAAGAAAUACAUGUAGGGAACACUUUGUGUUCUGUUUGGUGUCUGUGUACUGUGUGAUGUUUUAGCCUAAUAACUGUAAUGAUGUUUGACUCAAAAAUGAAAAUUAAAUAAUAUUAAUACGUACCUGGGAACACAUACAUUCCAUGACACUGAAAUAUCAACAGCACAUUGUUAUCGGAAAAUAAUUGCCUUAUAUUUAUUGUUGAUUUAUUUAUUUAUUUAUUUAUUUUUAUUUAGAUUUUAUCAUAUAAAUAAACAAAUGUUGUUUUUUCCAUUUUAUUUUACGCAAUAUUUUUUCCUGCAAGAUAAGUUAUUUAUUUCAUAGCUAUCUAAAAAGAAAUGCAAGAACAACUGGGUAUAAAGCAGCGAUGAAAUUGUUUAUAAUUAAAAAAAGAAGAAAAUGAGCCCUUACAGAAGGGAUGUGUUUUAACAGUCAGUGCUUGAAUGCUUUUGAGAUCUAACAGAAAAGGCUAGGUAUUAAGUUACUGAUGUCACUGAUUUUGAAAAUGAUUCCUUGGUCACUUAGUCCAGGUGAGUCAGCACAGUUUUUACCAGCAGUGUCCAAUAUUUGGUCGCAUAAAUGUCAAAACGACCUAUUAAACAAUGUCACUGUUACUUCUGCUAUUGUAAAAUCUCCUUAAGGUUAGGUACGUCAAGACCCAAAUAUAACCUCAGCGUUUUUGAGAGUAAGGUUUCGGUUUAAUUCAACGAUCAUGCAUCAGAAUAGGGUCAUCAUGAAUAAACUUACCAAGAAGCAACGUAUAGCAAAGGCAAUGCAGGCUGCUAGAAUACUGUAGGUACUGCAAGGCCUAAAAGAACCACUAUGACAGAACUGAAGUACGCUGCCUUGACUUUGCUUACUCCUUAGCUUUCCAAGAAAGCUGGCUACUAACUGGUUUAAAUGGUCAAGAUGAAAAUACAUCAAUAAAACUAAAUUUUAAAUCCUGAAUGGUUACUUGUGCUGGUUGGGCAUUAAAUACUGAUGCCAGCACCUUUAAAGCUUGUUAAUGCUCCAGCCAUUGCUAAAGUUGUAGACAGGUAAUGACUUUUCAUGUGAUGGGCAGACUGGGAAAGAAGCUUAUUUAUAACUUGCUAUCAUAAGCUGUUAUAAAUACAUGUUUCAUUCUAGCUCAAGUGGACCAAAUUCUGAAGUGUGUCCAAUUGUGGUUGAUGAUACAUAAACCUCAUGUGAUGAAGAAAAGGGUUCCAGGGUGUGUGUGUGGUAUCUCCUGCAGCAGAGACGGUAGGAGCUGGAGAGCGUAUUUCACAUGGAAUGCCACCGCUACUCCCCCAUAACAGAAAUAGAACUGACAUUGUGACACGUGACUUGUAGCUUAUUGUCAGAUAUUGUGACUCAACGUACACGUCUUCUUGCUCAGAGCAUUGUUAGGUUCAUGGAGCCUGACUAUGGUAGCAAAUGAGGGGCUAGCUAUUUAACAUCUUGUUUCAUACUGUGCACACAUGUCUAAGCACUUGGAUCUAGUGAUUCACGUGCUUAGACAUGUGUAUAACACCCAUUAUUGCAUGCUAUAAACAGAAUUAUCUUAAUUGGCAAUACAGCCGUGACAGUGCAAUUACAAGCAAUGUUUCUGUACCUAGGGACAAUGCAAGCACAAAGGCAGCUACAAUGGUAAGAGCCAUUGGCAGUAUUGCACCACAUGUGGCAAUACAUUUUGACAUAGCAAUGGUAUAACAAUAGGAUGAUGGUACAAUAUCAGUGACACAUUUGUUCUAUAUCCGUUGUGUUACUAUUGCUGGUAAUAGCUGAAUAGUUCUUCAGCAUUAUAACGGUAUCACAAUCAUGAUUUUGUUUGAAAGUAAUAAUAAAAAUGCAUUGCAAUCAGAAGUAAUUCUAUAAAGAGUCAAUGCUGCGUUGCUAAAUUCAUGUUUUCUUUUGCAUGCAAAUAAACAAGAACAUUGUUUCCUUAUUUUUUUUAUUUUGCAAGGCUUAUACAUAUGGCACAGAUAGUAAGUGUAUUUUCAGACAGGAGAAAAGCGGAUAAUCUGUUAAUGUACAUUAAUUCUGCCUUUGAGUAUCUGUGCCACAUCUAUUAUUAACAACUGUUUAAGUAUUGAUGUAUUGUUUCUGCCAACCCAAGAAUAGUGUAGUCUACCAAAUACGUAGAUGAUCACAAACAUACCAAAAUUCAGAAGAAAAAAUAAUGGCAUUGAAUUUGCUAACAAACAUAAAAUACUAGUUGUUUGUUAAUAUGGCUACAAUAUAUGUAUUUUUUUAAUUUGUAUUUUUUUAUUUUUAUAUUUAUAAAUAUGCAUGUAUUUAUGGUGCUUUUUUAAUGAUGUUUGUUCAUAAGCCUUACUUUAUUAAGUUGCCAUCAAUAAUAAUAAUAAUAAUAAUAAUAAUAAUAAUAAUAAAAACUUCAAUUGGGUUUGUGUUAUUCCAUGUACAGGGAUUUACAGAAAUAUGCGUUUCAUAUGCAGUUUGAUGCUAUAAAGGCAUGCAUUGAUUUGUCUCACACAGGGAUGUCCCACUUGCAGUUUAAGAUGUGAUCAUCCAAUCGUGACGAAACUUGGUUCUUCCGAGUAUGAGAAUCAAACUCGUUACAACUAACGUAUUUCUGGCUUGUGAUUGGUUAUGGUAAAUCUAUGGUCCUUAUUCAUUAAGCAUUAGCGUGCAAUAAAAUCCACACGAUUUCAAUGUAAAUACUGUCAAAGCUUCAUGAAUAAGGCCCUAACCUAUAUCUUGAAAACAGCUUGCCAGUAAACAAAUCUAAUAUACUAAUAUCUAUAUCUAUGCCCAAUUUUAUUUUGUUUUCGGUUUGAGUCACUCAAUAUAAUUAGUUAUCUGGGGCCAGUCUUUCUGUAAACUCAGUGCUUGUGUCUUCAGAAAGAAUGAGUUUAUUUAAAAGCUAUUUCUGAUAUGAUAAAUGAGUAUUCUCCGAUGCAAUGACCUUGUAAUACUGUCAUUUUGUUAAGCUGCAUAACUGUCCCUGGGGUUACUAGAUCCAACCACAAGCCGGAGUCACAAUGCCAUCAAUAUCUUCUGAGUAAAGCUUUGCAUUCACUUUUGAUGCUGUUUAUAGCUGCAUUACUUAAGCUGCAUUUCUUGAUCCCCUAACAGUUUAUUUCAGAAGUUCUUGUUAGAUCGACCAUGCCAUACUAAUGAUGUAGCUGGCGUUCUUCUACUGUACUAAAAGAAAAGGGAGUUAUACAAUUCUGUUGACACAAAACAAUAAAGCAUUUCAUUUGCUCUGUAGGUUUGCUAAAUAUGUCUGGACUGUGAUGCAUGCGUUUGGAUUCCAGGGGGAGGGUUAUGUGCCCUACAUUCCUCAGUCUAUGCCCUGCAUAAUUAAUGCAGAAGGUGCAGGGUGGCACAGUUGGUUAGGCUGCUAGCUGCUU